AUGCGUCUCGGGUUGUGGGCUGUCGCCUUACAGGUAUCCAUCGUCCUCGCAGUUCCUCUUGCAGGGCCAACGGUCAAGCUUGACUCCGCUACGGUCACUGGCACAUCAUCCGGAAGAGUCUCAAGUUUCUUAGGGAUUCCUUUCGCCAAACCACCGAUUGGGGACAGACGAUUCCGUCUUCCUGAAUCAAUCGACCCAUAUUCGACUUCCUUCAGUGCGAUUUCUAUGGGUCCAGCCUGUCCUCAACAAUCAAUGAAACUGCCUAUUCUCACCGGACUCCCCGCUGAUGCGGUCAAUUUUGUCGUGAACUCGAUUGUUCAAGCCGUUGUCCCAGACGAUGAAGAUUGUACGGACAUUGGGUUCCUUGAACAGAUAUUCUCACCCGCUUAA